CGAAUUCCUCAUAGUCUGCACUGCUCUUUCACAAGCACUGCUCUGGGAUCAGUCCUCUCAAUCAGCUCUAGUGAUAUAUCUCGGCUUUCAAGUCUAGAAUACCACUAAGUCGAGAUUGAGUGUAUCGCUUUGUUGUCAGCUAGAGCUGCAGUGUUCGUGAACACUGUGAUUGUUGAACUUUCUGCAUUUGUUGACCAUUCUGCUUUCGUCGAUCAGUCUACGUUUGUUAGAUUUAAGGAUUUCAGAUUCGCGAUGGCCGUCUCUGCCCGUCAAAACACCAUGGUGUCGGCUUUGUGCCUUGUUGCCCUCUUCGCUUCAGUGUUCGUUCAAUCCCAUGGUCAGAUGAUGGGACCCGAAAUGGCUCCUUCUGGUGCCCCGAUGUACGCCCCCCAGUAUGCUCCUCAUUCUGCACCCAUGUACUCUCCCGAAUACUCCCCCGAAAGCUCGCCCAUGGCUCCUGAGAUGGCACCUUCCUCGUCGACUCCCAUGUCACCACCAGUUGAAUCCCCGGAGUCCAGCCCUGUGGAGUCUCCUGUCGAUGCUCCCGCUUCUUCCGAGGGUCCCGUUGCCUCCUCCCCCGGACCCAGCCCAGCUGAGUCUAGCGCUGCCAGGAAUGUGGCCUCAAGCAUUGCCGUUGUCUGCAUGGGAGUUGCCGCUGCUUUCAUCUUUUAAAUUCAGAUCAUCUAAUGUUUGACCGGCAUGAGUUCUCCCUUUUUCUUUUGGAGUUGUGCGUUCCGUAAAUGCACUGCCGGAAACAUUUACCAUUCUAGAGAAUUAAAUCUAGCGAGUAAAGUAGGUGCUCUUCAUCAUCCUCCAUGUAUCUUUCAUUCAAUUCAUUGAUUUGGUGGUCACAUUGAUCACCUCCAGGCACCUUCGGGCGUUCAAUAAAGCUUGUACUAUUUCCACGCUAAGGAAUUUUGAAUAUGGUAA